UUACCUAAAGCUUUUUUUGAAAACGUAUUUUUUUGUGUUAAAAUGCUUGGUUUGGUAGAUUAUAGCGAUGCAAGUAGCGAUGAGGAAGAAAUAGAUGAAGUUGAAAAACCUUCUGAAGUAAUUAUCCCAUCCAAGAAGUUAAGCCUUCCUCCGGCAAAAACCACAAAUGUACAAAUCUCAGAGGAUGAAAAGGUCGAAGAAAAUAUCACAACAGAAGCAUUGAUUCAUUCAAGAUUACCUAAAGCUCACAAAACAACUGUUGUUACAAAUAUUGAAGAAAAGGAUGAUGAGUUUCUGAAAAAGAAAGCUGUUCCAUCAGAACGCCCUCCGAAAGGACCCGUAAAAAUAACGAUUCCAUCAUUGAGUGAAUUCAAAGAUGAUGAAUUAGAUGUCAAAAAAGUUGGAAACACAUCUGGCUCGUCAAACAAAAGUUGUAGUCUUCUUCGAAUGUUGCCAAAACCAAAAACAGAAAGAAAUUUCGCAACAAACGACGCAUCAAAGGGCAAUGAAUCUUCCGCAUCUGCUGUGAAGAAAGUUACGUCUUUGGUACCUGAUUCAGUGAAAAAACGACAAGAAGCACUUAAAAAAGGUGAAAUUCCCCAAAGUAAUAAGAAACUUCAAAAACCGAAAACAACAACACAAGUUGAGAGCGAAGACGAAGAAGAAAAUGAUUCAAUGGAUUUCUUUUCAUUGGACAAAGAAGAAAAACUUCCGGAUGUCAGUAGUAACGAAAUUGCUUUAAUGGUUGCAAAACGCGCUGCAAAAAUGGCAGAAACAAAGUCAAAAGUCGAUGAUGCAGUGUUUGGACAACAAACGGAAGAAAUUAUAGAAGAACCGCAAGAACCUGCUCCUGUUUACGCUUCAAUGGAUGAAACUGCAGUACAACAAUUGAUUGGAGGAAAUAAAGCUAAACGAGCGAAAGUUACAGAAGAAUUAAACUUUAUUGAAAUUUCGGAUGCCGACAUUAGACCGAAUCGUGAAGAAUUUUUACGCACACAAUUGACGCGUCAAACACAAUUCAUUCCGACGGGAAAACUCGAGGGAUAUGACAAAACGGGAAAACGUAAUUCUCAAAUAACGAAAUUAGCUCAACGAGCGCUCGCAAAUGAACAAGAACUUGAAGCUAUGUGGGCAGCAAAUCGACAAAACAAGCGUGCAGCAUCCAGCAAAUACGGUUUUUAAUUGGAAUAAAUUUUAUUUACAACAAAAAUAAAAGCAUUCGU